GCUGGUUGUUGUUGCUACUAACUACAACAUCGCGAAGCGAACCAUUUGACUUAUCGGAUUCUGGUUCCCCGUUGUGAAGUCCUCCAAAUAAUACCCUCAUUGAUUUCAAAUCAAUCGUUAGGUGGACAUCUUCCGACAGGGGCAGUUGGCCCAUAGUUUACAUCAGACCGACACCAAAAUGUCCCUUCUAUCAAAAGCAGACGAAGCUAAACUCAAAGGACAACUACAAGAUGCCGUGAUAUCAUGCACAGAGCGCUGUUUAUAUAGCUCAGCAAAAUGGGCCGCCGAAUUACUGAAUUCCUUUCCAGAAACUGAUGACGAUGGCUCCGAGACUGACGUGGAUUCGGCCAUGUCCGAUCCUCCUCCACCCCAGACACCUACACCCUCCUCGAAAGAUCCCAUUGAGGCAAGACUCGAAGCUCGAGAGACGCAGAAAUACCUACUAGCCAAAACCUUUUUCGACUGUCGCGAGUUUGAUCGAUGCGCCGCCAUCUUCCUCCCAGACUCACUGCCCAAAACUUCGUUCCUGGUCACUCCCUCCCCCGCGAGUAAAUCGAAACCUCACGGAAAGUCAAAAAUAAAGCUAGGCACACCUACAAAACCAGCGCUGUCAGCGGCCGUCGUGAAGGGACUGAGUCAGAAGGCACUCUUCCUAUCGUUAUAUGCCAAGUACAUUGCUGGUGAGAGGCGCAUGAAUGAGGAUAGCGAGAUGAUAUUGGGUCCACAGGAUGGAAUCACGACCAAUAAAGAGUUACCAGGCAUAUCAGCUAUUCUAGAGGAGUGGUUUUCAGGGCUUGCCAACAGCGGCCGGAAACCCCAAGGAUGGCUAGAGUAUCUUUACGGACUUGUCCUUGCGAAAGGGAAGAAUGAAAAGCAGGCUCUCGAAUACUUCAUCCAAAGUGUCAACUGUUGCCCCUACAACUGGGGUGCCUGGCAAGAAUUGUCCACAUUGUUUUCUACGAUCGAAGAGCUACAUCAAGUAACCCCUCAGCUUCCGCAGAAUAUCAUGGGGUUUGUGUUUCAAAUUUACGCUUCGCAAGAGCUCUAUCAGUCCGCAAAUCAGGUUCACAACUCACUGGCCCAAAUUCUCGACAUAUUCCCGGGGUCUGCUUUUCUACAAACUCAGCGAGCAUUGCUCUACUAUCACAGCAAAGCAUACGAAGAUGCUGAGCAGAUUUUCUCCGAACUACUGGUCGCAAACCCUCAUCGCAUUGAUGCAAUGGAUUGUUAUUCCAACGUCCUGUAUGUUCUUGAGAAUAGACCAAAAUUGGCUUUCCUGGCACAGCUCGCGAUGACCACCGACAAAUUUCGACCCGAGACUUGCUGUGUGGUUGGGAACUACUACUCUUCAAAAUCGGAGCAUGAAAAGGCAGUCAUCUACUUCCGGCGGGCCCUGACACUGGACCGCACCUUUCUAUCGGCUUGGACAUUGAUGGGGCAUGAGUUCAUCGAAAUGAAGAAUACGCAUGCAGCAAUUGAAUCAUACCGACGCGCUGUAGAUGUAAAUCGGAAAGACUAUCGUGCAUGGUAUGGCUUAGGGCAAGCCUACGAAGUCUUGGAGAUGCAUUCAUACGCCAUUUUCUACUACCAGCGUGCUGCUGCCCUGCGGCCUUAUGAUCCAAAGAUGUGGCAUGCGCUGGGUGCCUGCUUCGGAAAGGUAGGCAAGGUAGCAAAUGGCAUACGAGCAUAUAAACGCGCAUUAGUGGCAGGCUCCUUCUACGACAAUAAUGUUGGAUCAAGCUUCGGUAGUGGCGAAGUGUCCGGCUUGGGAGGUGGAGUUCUCGAUCCCGAGGUUCUUUUCAAUAUUGCCUUGCUCUAUGAGCGAGUUAACAAUAUGGGGGAGUGCGCUGCUUAUAUGGAACUGGUGCUGGCGCAAGAGGAGGGUCCAGACUACGAUGAAUCUGUGGGAGAUAUGGCUGGCGGUGUAGGCGUUACGCCUACCACGAGCAAAGCCAGGCUAUGGCUCGCGAAGUGGGAAUACAUGCGUGGCAUGUAUCAACGGUCUAUGGAGCUAGCGAACGAACUUUGUCAGGAUGGUGUCGAGGUGGAAGAUGCGAAAGCCCUAAUUAGGGACAUACGGGCUCGUAUUGAAAGCCAAAAAGGUGACUCGAGCGUAGCAUGAUCAGUGAAGCUAUUCACCAGAUCAAGUGAAGUUGUUUCAUCUUUCAGCUUCGGGGUGAAGUUGGCAUUUGCGGGCGCACAAGCAUGAUACCCACUUUAUUCUAGUAAUUGAUAGUUUUACCGAUCCUUCAAUAAUUCUUUCUUUG